GUGUGUGUGUGUGUGUGUGUGACCAAAAAAAAUGAGCUGCAUCGAUGGCUGCGCUUUGUGCUUCGUACAGUAGCAGGCCGCCAACGUCCACAGUGCUUUAUGAGCUCCACGGUGACAGACUGUACAUGUGCACACUGGCACGCUGCAUCAGAAGCAUGUUGAGCGUUAUGCGCUAGUCAAACACACGUGCCCCUCAGCAUAAGCUGUGAUAUACUGUAGACUCGGCUCCCCUGUAAAUCUCAACGCCGGGAAAGCCAUAAUCUACACUUUAGCCUGGAAUCGUCUGUGAAAGCGUGGAUUCAGCCGUUUUGUCAUUUUACAGCCUGUUGUGUGCAUUAUGCACACAGGCGUUUUGGGGAUUUCAUAUUUAUUGAUGUGCAGUAAAAUGAGAAUGGCGAAAGGAACAAAUGCUCAGUAGUCGAUGAGGUGAAAAUGCCCUUCCCUUCAAAUUAAAAGCACCUGUGCAGAACGGUCUUUUCACAAUAGUGAACCUGAUGUUUGCGGAUUAUCAUUAUUGAUGCCGUCUGUUAUUCUCAAGUGACACGAUGCAGCCACAAUCGAUAGAGGUUUUCAGCUGCUUUACAUGCAGUUGACAGUCAUUGUUAGUCUGUACUCAUUUCAUUCUGCUCUGCACAUUUGAGGCCCGUGGAUUUUCCUGCUCCCUUUUUGUUUUAGCGUAACGCCAGCGUGUUCCAUGCGAAGCCGCUCCAGCCUCCUUUUCCUCAAGCCUCUCCAUCAAACGUAAUGGAAUUAACUUCCUGUACAGCAGACGUAGUAUGUAAUUAGCAGCUUUCCCCUUCUAUCUCAGCUGCUUUGUGCCAAGGUGAUCUAUCGCCCGGGGAAUGGCUGAGAGCAGGUGCAGAUGCGGCGCAGGCCAUGAGUGGAAUACUGAAGAGGAAAUUCGAGGAGGUGGAAGCCGCCUCCUCCCCGUGCUCUUCCUUGCGGGAGUCUGAUGACGAGGUCUCCUGCAGCGAGAGCGGCAAUAGCAGCGACAGUGUCAACCCGUCUGCCUCCGGCUCUUUCACCCCCGACUCCAUACUGAAGCGCGAGAAGCGCCUGCGAACGCGGAGGGUGCACUUCGAGAACGUGACCGUGUACUACUUCGGCCGGCGGCAGGGCUUCACCAGCGUUCCCAGCCAGGGAGGCAGCACGCUGGGCAUGUCCAACCGGCACAGCUGGGUCAGGCAGUACUCGCUGGGCGAGUUCGCCCUGGAGCAGGAGAGGCUCCACCGAGACAUGCUGCGGGACCACUUGAAGGAGGAGAAGCUCAACUCCAUCAAACUCAAGCUGACUAAGAAUGGCACCGUGGAGUCCGAGGAGGCCAGCGCGCUCACGGCAGACGACAUUUCCGACGACGACAUCGACCUGGACAACACGGAGGUGGACGAGUACUUCUUCCUGCAGCCUCUGACCACUAAAAAGCGCCGGGCGCUGCUGCGAUCGUCUGGGGUGAAGAAGAUCGACGUGGAGGAGAAACAUGAGCUGAGGACCAUCCGCAUGUCCAGGGAGGACUGCGGCUGUGACUGCAGAGUCUUCUGUGACCCGGAGACGUGUGCCUGCAGCAUUGCGGGGAUCAAGUGCCAGGUCGACCGGAUGUCCUUUCCGUGCGGCUGCACCAAGGAGGGCUGCAGCAAUGCAACCGGGAGGGUGGAGUUCAACCCCAUACGCGUUCGGACCCAUUUCCUGCACACGAUAAUGAAGCUGGAGCUGGAGAAGAGCCGCGAGCAGCAGCAGGUGUCGCCCACCAACGGCUACAAGAGCGAAGCCGCUGACCUGAACCCUCUGGUCCAGUCCCAGCACAGGCUGGAGUACGCUUUGUCCGACGCCGUUCCGCAGACAACCAGCAUGCACCUGCAAGCUGAUGACGACAUGGACGGGCCACUAGAUGCUGAAGAUGAGGACGAAGAUGAGGAUGAUGACGAUGAGGAGGAGAAUGAAGACGAUGAGGAAGAUGAGGAGGACAGUAGCAGCGUCUGCAGCGGACUGUCUGACUCUAGCACCCAGAGCUUAGCGAACAGUGAUUCUGAGGAUGAUGAUGAGGAGGAGGAUGAGGAUGAUGAUGACAAGUCAGAGAACCUUGAGGAUGCAACAGCUCCAUCGGCCUCUCGCACUGAGGUGGUGCCAUUGUCCUCAGGGUUGUGUUACAGCGAUGGCUCUGUGGCGCGUGAGGCCCACAUGAACGGAAACGGAUACUUGAUGAACUCCCCCCCGGCUGACUACUAUCAGCUGGAGAGCUCAGGCGCCGCCUCCAACGGCCCCGCCGGCCAAUCGGGCGACUCCUACGGGGAAGCGUUAGCGUUCGAGGACUCGGUCGCCAACGGCAACGUGGCCCACGGAGCGUUCGGCGGCGCCGCCGGGCGGUACGCGGACUACCCUGAUCCCUCUGAGGAACAGUACACGCAGAAGAGCGCCUUCACCCUGAGCAACGGCGCCGCAGCCGCCUCGCUGACCUGCUACGGCCCCGACCAGGAGAACAAGGCCCCAUCCAAAGCCGCGCUCGCCGAGCCGCCCGGCACCCAGAGCCAGACCCAGUUUCAAAACUACCUGACCAACAACGCCCAGAGUUCCUACAACAGCAACGGCUCGUUCGCGACAACAGGACCGGCCCCGAACGAGUCCAGCGUCAACGGACAUCCUGACCUGGGCUUGAUAGCGAACGGCACCAAGAGCCGACCUUUAUCAGACCAUUGCCCCGAGGUCGCAGCCAUUUAGUGGGAUCCGCCCGCUUCAGUGUUCUCAUGAUUGUGUCUUUACUUCAGCCUGACCAAGUGGUAUUUUAAGGGAACAUAAUCAAGGCCUUUGUUGCAUUAUCUGACAUGAGACUUCAAGCUGUUUGCAGCGCUGUAGUACACGUUCAUCUGUAACUAUGACGACAGACGGACAUACGAUGAAGCGAGGCUUGUUUUGGGAUUAAACCCCUUCAACCCAUCAUUCGUCGCACUGUGCAAUGUAUCCUGUAAUUCAGAUGUAAAGUUUUAGUUUUAAGCAGAUAUUGUACCGUAGAUGGGACUUUUUUAUGUCUACUGUAUGUGUCAAAUGUGCAAAGAAGAUUUAUUGUCGGCUUAUUUAUUGUUUCUGGAUUCUGUGUACACUUCCGUAUAGUAAAGGUUUUGAUAAAAUAUGCAUGCUGUUUGACAUUUAGGGAAAAGAUUGCCAUUGUUUUAUAUACGAAAUGUGUUGUAUACAUACAUGUGUACAUUUCUCUUCUGUUACUAUCGUGUGCUUUUUUAUAAAAAGCCUUUUAUUUGUACGUUUGCAGUCGAGUAUCGGUAGCAUAGCGUCAGACCACAUCAAAAUCCAUUCACAGCCUUUUGCACUCGCGCUGCUGCUUUGGACUCCAAUACUUGAACAGUGGAAAGAUGUGAGCCCUGGCGUCCCCCCCCUCCCCCCACUGUUCACGCUAGACCUAUGAUUUGCAGGUGUAACUACAGAUGAAGAUUUUUACGUUGUUGAUGCAGGGAUAUUAUUAACACAGCACUUUGACAUAUCUCUGAUAGCAGGUGAAGCUCUGCGAUUCACCACAGGCAACAGGACACUGUCAUUACGAGAAAUGAACAGGAUUAAUUUGAAUAGAAACAUCCUGUGAAUAAACAAACUGAUCCACAAUUAUGUGACACUAUUUCUUAAAUUAGUAAAUAAUUCUGCUUUAAGGCUUUAUAGGGUGUGGUAUAGAAUGUGGAUACAGAAUGUGGAUCUAAUAAUGUUGAUUCAGCCUAUUGAAGUGAUAUAUAUAUAUAUAUAUAUAUAUAUAUAUAUAUAUAUAUAUAUAUAUAUAUAUAUAUAUAUAUAUAUAUAUAACAGAGAACAGAGAAACCUGUUAAAUAUAUAUAUUUAACAGGUUUCUCUGUGACUUGAGAAGUAAGUUGCCUUUAAUUGAUGUCAUAGUACAUAAUACUGUCCUUAAAGCCUCACUGGUUUUAUUAUAAAUUUGACUGGUUAGAUAAAUAUACACAGAGCAAACAAAUGUUCAAGGUUGACAAUCAAAGCUCAUCAUCAAACGUGACUCAUAUCAGUAUUUGAAAACCACAGUGUCUCACGAAAUCUAUGAGCCAUUGAAAAUGACUGACGCAUAUAAAAGCACUAUUAACCAAAAAUCUGUAAAUAACCUUGUAACGCAUAUUUAUAAAACACCUGUGACAGCUCAACACUUUGGGGACAGCAAUAAUUGUAAUUAAACUUCUACUGUAAAAUGUUGCUGAGGGAUGAUCUUUAUCUUCAGAUAGUUUAUUCCUCAUAAAAGUCCUGAAUCUGAGCUGGGACCUCUCGGCUUUCAGGCUCCCAGUGGCAUCAGUAAGACGUACAGUGCAGAUGAUUUGUGCCAAAGCAUAGUGUGAGGAGGUUAAAUACAAAAACAUUGCAUCCAGUUAAGAAUCCCGUUUAAUUUUAUUUUCCAGUAUUUAUUAUGAAUGAUAUUGACAUAUGUAUUUAUUGUGGUUUACUAAAGUCUGUAUUGAUUAAAUUGCUUCAAUAUCUUAAAAUUGUCUUUUGUUUCAUGCUGGUUGUGAGUUGUAAAGGUUCAUGUGCCUAAUUAAUUUCAUUCUAAUCCAUAAUCUGUGAAAUGCAUACAUUUUGCACAAACUGUCAUCUGAUUUUUUUAAGUGUUUGUUUUUUAACAGUUGUAGUAAAGCCAACUUCAGUUUUCUGUUAUUUCAUUUUUGAAAUAAAUUUAAUUCCUCUUUUGAUCUUAA